CAACCCGAAGCUCCGACGUCCGACCAUGGCUACGGUCAAGGUGCCUGUGCGGGUGUGUGUGGGCUCGCUCGUCCGGACUGUGCUUGUGGAUCCCUUUGCCAAGCUGGGCGUGGUGGGCAAGGAGCUGGGAGAGGCCUUUGAUAUUGCUGAUGAGGAGCGAUGUGAGUAUGGCAUCUCGCAUGGAAAGGCUUGGCUGUCUCCGGAACUGACUCUGGCUGCCGCUGGUCUCGUCGAUCAUGUCGCUGUUAUGCGUGAUCCUUCUUCUGCUCCGCUUCUUAACUACACUCGUCGCGUCUGGUAUCAUCUCGCUCCCUCUCGCCCUCUGCACAUCCUCAUCGAAUUCGAGGACUUGCAACAUCGCAUUCUCUCGGCACGCAUUCCGCUGACAAAGACUCAGCUCGUUCGCUUUGUUGCUGCCUCCAUUCGUCUGGGCCAUCCUGCUAUGGCAGAGGCUGCCGAUCGCGUGGCAGGAAGGGCAAAGCUCCUCGAGCUCAUCGCAGCCUCCACGUUUGUGCCCAAGAAGUGGCGCGCCCGCUUCCGCAAGGACAAGGUCCUCCACUCGUCUGUGGCAGACAUGCAAAGCCAGCUAGUGGCCAUGUCCGACGACACCGUCCGCCUCUCGCUCAUCAACGUCUUCCGCAACCAUCCGAUGUUUGGCAUGGAAGUCAUCCCCAUCCGCUCUUCGCUUCCUCCCGGCUCGGCCACCGCCGACCUCGCCCCGCUCCCUGCCGCCAAGUCCAAGUUCAAGAAGCGGCUGCUUGGCAUCUCUGCUCGCGGCAUGUUUGUCCUCUCCGCCAAGGACAGGCUCGUCGAAGCCUCGUUUCCGCUCGACUCGAUCCGCGAGGUCUCGGCCGAGGACCGCAAGCUGGCCAUCUCCAUCAAGCGCUCGUCGCCACUCGUCGCCGUCACCUCGGCCGCGCUUCACUUUGCUGACACGCUCCGCAUGUAUCUUGCCAUCCACGCUCGCGCCCGCGAUGCCGCCGCUCGCGGCAACGUUGACCGCUCUGCUCUCAACCCGGAGCUACAGAAGGAUCUCGUCAUGGUCUCCGCCGCCGCUCCUGGCAGCAGCUCGCUCCGCAACUCACCGGCCUCGCUCGUUGGCCUCGCCGGAUCCUCGCCGUCUGAGCGCAUUGUCCAGGCGCUCUACGCCCACAUCUCCGACGAGGUCGACGAGCUCAACUUCAAGGCCGGCGACAAGAUCCUGCUCAUCGAGGUAUUUGAUGACGGCUGGGCCGAGGGCAUGAUCAACGGCGACGUCGGCCCCACUCCCGAUCCUGAUGCCGACGUCCCACCCGAGGCUCUUGCCGAAGACGCCCGCGCCCACCUUCGCCGCAUUGCAGGCCAGCUCAAAGCACUUGUUGGCCUCCGCGGCACAUACGACACCUCGUCGCGCGCUUACGCCGACGUCUCGGCCGAGAUUGCCACGGCUGCUGACUCCGCCCGAACCCAGCUUGCCCGCCUCAACACCGCACUAGCAGGCAUGGGUGUGCCAGUCAUUGCCUCGCUCACCGCCACCGGCCUUGGCUUUCCUGCAUUGCUCCCGGGCGAGUCGUCCGGCAUUGAGGCUUCGUCUGUCACUGUCGAAGCUUCGGCCGGCCAGCUUCAGAUCCUCGCCAUGCAACAGGAGAAGCAUGCAUCGCUCCUCCGUCAGAUGAGCGACAUCCUCAGGCUCGCCGAGGCCUACGAAGCUGGCUCUCCGUCGCACAUGGCCGCGCUCGAGCACCACAACCUGCUAGUGCCCGAGGCCGCCGCCCUCCUCGACAGCAUACAUGCCGCCGAGCGUAUGUAUGGCCUCGAGGAGACAACAGUCGCCGUUGUCGACCUCGACCGCGAGCUCAUUCCUCUCACCAUCGUCGCACCCGUCGCUGGUCACACCAGCUGGAUCGAGUACGGCCUUGCCCGAUUCGACUAUGUCGCUCUCGAUGAGGCCGAGCUUGACCUCGUUGCCGGCCAGCUGGUCGUCAUCGUCGACGGCGACGAGGCCGAGAACCCGGGCUGGAUCCAGGUCGCCUCUGCUCCGCACAAGCGUGGCGGCUUUGUUCCGGCCGCUUACAUUGACAUCCUCGAUCUCGACGACGCCGAUACCAACACCGACGCCGACGCCGACGACUGGUCGGUUGCCACAUGGCUCACCGUCGUUGACACCGUGCCCGCUGCCGACGUUGCCGCUCGCCUCGGCACUGCCCUCGCCGGCCAGGGCCUUCCGGUCCUAGAUCCCGAGCUUGGCGACGUCCUUCGCCUUGUUGCUGUCUACCUCCCGUCCCUCCUUGUGGUUGUAGACGAGGCCGGCAAGCGCGGCAUCGUGUCGUCGUAUGCGUGCAUGGUUGAUCCCGGUGACGGUGAUGUCGAUGGACACGACGCCGACGCCGUGGCCGAUCCCGCCAGCUUGGACGAUGUCGACCUCGAGGACAUUGACGUCGACGCCCUCACCGCCGCCGUCGCCGGCGUCGCCGGCGUCUCGGACGACCCGACGCCUUCAGCGCCACCCAAGCCCAAGCCCAAGCCCAAGCCCAAGCCCAAGCCCAAGCCGAUGCCCAGGCGCGAGCGCUUGUCCACUGUCUCGGAGAGCCGUGGCCAGGCCCCGGCGCCGCCGCCCAAGCGCAAGCCGACCGCCGUCCGCAAGAUCUCGAUCGCCAUGCGGGCCAAGCCGGUGGCUGUUGCUGCGACCGUCGAGGCCGCUGCUACCGCCACCGCUAUCGCAUCCAAGUUUGUGGCGCCCCCCAAACCCAAGCCCAAGCCGCCGCGCAAGGAGUCGCGGCUUGCCAGCCGGCCGUCCAAGCCGUCGGUGGCGUCCAAGCCGCUCCGCGCCUCGCGCCGCAAGACCACCAUCGAGGGCGUCGUCUCCUCGAUCAACAUCGACGCCAUUCUUGAGGCCACCGACCCGGAUGAUCUCGUCGACCACGACGCCGCUUCUGCCGACUCGCUCGCCGCUUCCGCCGCCGCCGCCGUUGCCAUCGGCCACUCCCCCGACGGCUUUGACGACAGCGAGCUGACCAACCUCUCGUUUACUGACGACGGCGACGACUACGGUGCCACCGACAUAGAUCUCGACCAACUCUCAUCGCUUCUCAAGGACCUUGCCGUCGACGACGACGAUUUCUAUCUCAAGCCUGUAUUCGAUCUGCUCUGGGGUCAGGACCUCUCCGAGUGGGAUCCGGCCGUCGGACUGGUCGUCCUCGCCGCCGCCGCCGCCGCUGUUUGGAUCGUCUUCUCCACCAUCUACGACCACUUUGUGGCGUAUCCGCUCAAACUCGCGCUCUUCCUUGUCAUCCUUGUUGUUCUGGCCGCUACCACUCUCAAGCCCAAGCAUCGUCGUCAUCUCGGCUGUGAUCAUGACCUGGAUCAAGCCCUCUCGGCCCUCAACGUCACCCUCACACAUGCCUAUCGCCAUGCAAAGGCCACGGCAAAGGCCUCACUCAAGAGCCAUCUCAACAACAUGUGA